AAUCUCAUCAGACUGUAAAUCGUCUACCUGGAGCACUAGUAUGGUGGAAAGCGGUACUUAAAGAGACUAGAAAAUGCCUCACAAAAGUACAGCAAUUAGUAGCUCUAGGUAGAACUGGAGCAAGGAACAACACAGCGCUAGAAGUAAUGCAGGACUUAAGAUUAAGUAAAUCCAAUCUGUGGACCAGACCAACUACGAUCACUCGCCUCAGUGACGAACGAAAAGGGAAACUGACUGGUUCCGCUAUAAACGAUUUAGGUAGCUUAUUUGACGCGACGCUAGACUGGCGUGACAUCGCUUGGCUGAAAUCGAUAACAAAACUUCUUGUCCUCAAAGGUAUUCUAACAGCCGAAGAUGCCAUUAUUGCAGCCGAUGUCGGCAUUGCCGGCAUUCUCGUUUCAAAUCAUGGAGCUCGACAGGUGGACGGAACAUCGUCAACGAUUGAAGCCCUAGAUGAGAUAUCUAAAGCAGUUGGAGAUAGAGUAGAAAUCUAUUUGGAUGGUGGUGUUACAGAUGGCACAGACAUAUUCAAAGCUUUAGCAUUAGGUGCUAAAAUGGUUUUUGUUGGAAGGCCCGCUCUUUGGGGUUUGGCUUAUGGUGGUGAGGAAGGAGUGAAGAAAGUUUUGGGUAUACUUAAAACCGAAUUCGAUUAUACCUUAGCUCUUACAGGUUGUGCUAGUAUUGGGGACAUUAAAAGGAACAUGGUUGUACAUGAAUCGUAUUACUCAAGACUUUAACUAAAAUUACUAUAAAACUUGUAGUGAAUCUUUGAAUAAAUGCCCUACACUAUUCUA